CUUUCGAAAUGCGUUCAACAUCACUAGUGGCCAUUGCGGCUGCUGUCACCACUGCUUGUGCUUCCACAUUGUACAAUAUAUCAAACGAGAACCACACCUGCGUCCUCGACCCUGCAUACCUCUCGUGCUCUGCAUCGGCGAACACGAAGAAUGUCGAUACCUGCUGUGUUGAGACAUUCGGCGGACUGGUCUUGCUAACUCAAUUCUGGAACGUCUACGCCGAUAAGCCAAUUCCUCAGAACACAUGGACCUUGCACGGCUUGUGGCCUGACUUCUGUAAUGGCAGCUAUACUCAGUACUGCGAUUUAGAUCGCCAAUACGACCCCGUCCCAUCGCCAAACACCACGAACGGCCUUCCCAAUGGCACCGUCGUCUCACCUUACACAGGUCCCAACAUCGGCACCUUCCUUGAGCCCUUCGGCAAAUACGACCUCUCAGCCUGGAUGGAAAAGUACUGGAUCUCGAAUUACGGUCCCAACGCCGACUUCUGGGCUCACGAGUUCUCCAAGCACGCGACAUGCUACUCGACUUUCGAUAUCCCCUGCUACGGACCCCAAUACGUUCAGCACCAAGAGGUCGUAGACUUCUUCGAGACAACGAUUUGGUACUAUAAGCAAUAUCCCACGUGGGAGUGGCUUUCCAAGCACAGCAUUCUGCCGAGUAAUAGCACGGGAUACAGCAAGGUGGAUUUCGAGAAUGCACUUGCUGCGGAACAUGGUGCGGUGCCGUAUGUCGGGUGCUCGGGCCCCAGGUAUAAUGAGACGGAAGCUGGCAGGAGGGAGAACUCGACGGAUUCGGGCAGGACGGUGUUAAGUGAGGUUUGGUACUACAUGCAUACUUAUGGUAGGCCGCAGGAUCGUCGAUACGUGCCUGUCGAUCAGACGAGCCGCAGUGGGUGCACCAAUGCUACUGGUGGCGUGUGGUAUUACGAGCCAACGAAGACGGAUGGGCACUACGAAUUGUAGAGCGCCCGUUGAUGGAGUAACGAGAACAUGUACAUACAAAGACAAGAAUUGGAGGCCAGAAGUUCUCACGAGAACCAGCAUUGCAAAUAUGAAAAUCUAUUCAUAACCUUCACAAGACGCCAG